GUCAGCAGAACGCCACCUUUAUCCAUUGAGAAGAGGCAGUACGCCAAAGCCCCGUGGCAUUAUCGUUUUGUCCACUACACAACACAACUGGGGCCUCCCAUGUGGAAAACACACCCAGGAGCAGCACAGAUCUGCAGAGGGACAGGACAACCUCGUGGACUUACUGCUGCUGUGUUUACAGAGGGCAGCCCUACUUGAUAACAUGGCAACAGCUGACCGGGAGUCAAAUGCUCGGGUUGACGGUAACCUUCAAAACUUGUAUGUAUUGCAAUGGGACUCUCAGGACAACACAACUUCCAGAGAUGAACAGGAGGAGAAACUGAUUCUUAACGCCUGGCAGAGCAUGUCUGUGGCUCUUCAGCAGUACAGUUUGUGUAAGGCCCCCAGAGCCCCGGGCCCGGCCCAGUCCUUUCUGGCCAAGCAGAGGCAGUCAACUCAGGCCCGGAGGACUGUUUCAUCCAGGCAGCAGCCUGGGUAGCGGUUUUCAUCCCUGGAAAAAGAUGGAUGAGAGCUCUGCUCCUUCCUUCGAUGCCCCCCCCCUCCCCAUCAGAAAGUGCUGUGUAAUUUUGUGUUUUUAUUAAGCAAAUGUGUGAGCUUGUGUUUGUCUAUUCAAAUGCUAUUGCUGGUUGUGCAUUUUUUGUUUGCUGUUAACGUCCUCUGCUGGUCAACAGUGGUACUAGAUUGAUGACGCUGUCUCCAUUCCUCAUUUACUCAUUCAUUCUUCUUACCCAUUAAAAUGCAUGCCAGAGUCACAGGGACUGAGCUGUAUAGUACAUUUCCUGUCAUUGUUUAAGAGAUUUCAUUGAUGAAUUAAAGCUGAGGGGGAAAAAAAAGUCAAACAUGCACAACUGCUAUUUUUGCGCUUGCAAUGCAAAAAUGUAUGCAUUUGUACUAUCCAGCCCAAAGGCAGCUACCAGAUCAUUACCAAGCUAGUCUGCUUCACCUUUACCAUGUCACUAAAUAACACUCUAAAAUCCAUUUGAAAAGGUUAAGACUCAAUUUUGACACAACGCAAAAACCAAGUUUGUCAUCAUUAUUCAAACUGUUAUGCAAAGCCACAAGAUCAGGGACUAUUUACAAAUAUAUUUAUUUGUAAAGUGUAAACUUGGUUGUAGUUUACAAGAUAUUCUAGCAAUCAGGUUUGAAAAUAAACACAGAACUUGUUCAUCUAUCUGAUCUUCUAUUCAACUCAGUCUCUCUAUCCCCUCAACCAUUGUUUUUCGUCCAACCGUUUUCAUUAAAACCAAACAUAGUAGUAUUCACAUAACUAGCGAUGGUUAUCAUUAUUGUCCGAUGUAUGCAGCCCAAUGAUGAUCCUGAAUAAUGUUCUGCUUCUAAUGAAAUUGAAUUGCGACACCUUAAAGUGCCGGCCAAAGGUAAACCCAUUCAAAGAACGAGUGGAGCCAUUGUACAGUACCUUAGCCACUAUCUCACUACUGAAGUUGGGAGUGCCAUCUAUCCUCUUAUACUGGUGUGGAAAUGCUUUGGUUCAAGCAGUAUAAAACAGUUCAAAUUAGUCAUAAUUGAAAGUUUGUGAGAACAUCUUUUUCCUUUUCUCAUUUACGAGCUUGUGAACUCCGACCCCAUGCUAACACUGCGCAAACGCUGACAGACAUUGUAUGACGGCACGGUGAGGAAGGACAUCUUGGCACCACCAAUGGGAGG